GUUCCUUGUCCACAGGGCUGGGUGCGAUUUAAAGGAUACUGCUAUCUUGUCAGUAGCUCCAUCAAGACUUGGCAAAAUGCCCAAGCGUACUGCAAAGGACUGGGAGGAAAUUUGGUGAAAAUAAACAGCCAGGAAGAAAACGAGUUUGUACUAAACCUCGUAAACAAGCUCGCCCCAUCGCUGAAGCAGAUUUGGAUCGGACUCGAGUGGGAUUCUCAACUAAAGGCCUUUGUGUGGUACGAUCAUUCAGUUCCUACCUUCAUCAAAUGGGCCCCACAUGAACCAAAUGGAAAUAGUCGAGAGCCUUGUAGCCACAUGUGGACUGGUCACGCAGGGAGUUCUGUUAGGGCAUCUGGCGACUGGAAUGAUCUCACUUGUUGGAAUACUGGUUUACCCUGUGGUCUUGUCUGCAAGAGGCUGCCCUAGAUGUUAAGCCAGCUUCAUUCCCGACCAAAGCCGAAAGUAGAGUGUAGUGGAAAAAUUAAUGCAGAUUCUGGGUCGACACUUUCAAAUGCAGACAAGAAAACAUUUAAGUGCUAAUUUCUAAAGGGUUAAAAAAAGAGCGGCUUUUGACUGAAAUAAACAUUAUGUAUCCCUUGUAUCUUGUUUGUUUUUUCUUUUAUGUAGAAGAUUCUUUUUUCUGGCCCAUUUAGGUCUUUCAGUGGCAGAUCCAGACCUUCAGAUAAGUGGGGGGGAUGGGGAGGGGGGAAGCCCUGACAUAAGAUAGGGGACUGGUCUCCAAAAAUUUUUGUUUUCGGCCCUUGGGCCCUCAGUUUGGUCUAAAAAUAAGUGGGGGGGGGGGGGGGGGGGUGGCCUCCCCUGGAUCCGAAAUUUUACAACUCAAGAGACGUUCGCAGAAGUGCUGUUCACUGAUUUUAUAUCGUUUCAAAAAUACUCUUUACAACCACUUGACAGGCAGUGUACAUGUGGGAAGGCGUAAAAAUAGCAAAGGAUGGAGCAAAGUAGGAAUAUCCGUACUUGUUCUGAUUGUUCAGACUGUUCAAGGGAAGGCAACCUUAUCGACUGAAGAUCCAUUUGAAAACAUUGAGGAGAUCCUUAUCUAAAAGCUAAUUGGCAGCGCAAUCGAGUCACGGUUGCUUAUAUCAGUGUACUUUUAAAAGAUGUUAUAUUGCUAUAAACAUUAUCAAACAUUUCAGCCAUUUGCUUGUUGGGUUUCUAUCGGCCGUUAAGGCUAAAAAAAAAUUCAGAAAUGGAAGUUUAAAAAACGAGCACCGGUGUACUUGAUCCGCGAAAUUUAGUUACUUUGAAAAACGGUGAUUCGUCAAAAUCGCGAAAUUUAUUCCAAAUUCGCGAAAUUAAAGUCGCGUGAAAAUAAGUGAUAAUCAGGUAAACAAAGACUGUUAGGGACUUCUGUUUGACUUCCGCUGCAGUAAGGUUUUGUAAUUAUCUCGUCGAAAAUGAUAAAAUAGUCUUGGAGAAACAGACGGUUAUCAUCCUUUUUCACUUUUUCUGCCUGUUUUGGUUUGAAAGUCAUUGUUGAUGUUUAUUAAAAAGUUGCGAUGCGUGUAAAAGUAUAAGGAGGUUUCAAAUUUCGUAUGCAAAUUUAAUUAUAUUUUUAAAAAAAAAUUUCGAAGUCAGCGUUUUAUGUUUUGCUUAGAACGGUACAUUUGGAGAUUUAUGAAAUUAGCUGUUCACCUUUAGCUAGGUUAUGUAAAUGUUAUGUAAAACAUUUAUUUACCAUUUUGACAACUAUUAACACCAUAUUUCUCAUUCGCCAUCGCGACUGAUCCUGACGCGAGCCGACGCAAGUUAUGUACCAAAAACAAACGCCUUUUAUGAUUAGGAAGGUAGCCUUCAUAUUAAAAAAUAUACAGACACAAGUGUCCAAAAGUUCAGAUAAGGAACCAAUUGUUGUUUAUUGUUGUUUUUUUUUUCGUCCAAAAGUGAAACUUUACUCGUCAAAGUGCACGAUAAGGGGUGGACGCGCAUGAAAGCACUGAAGGGCGGUGUGAAUUUUUUGCAGAUGCGAAAAAGUAAAGUUGACUGAUGAAUAUUCAAAACUUGUGUAUGUCCUUUCCAUAACUGAAAAGCCGAGACUCGAUUUUUGCGUCUAACAGGGGAAAAUCAAGUUUCGGGUACUUCUGAGCAGCUUUAGAUAACACGCCUUGUGUGCUUUUGCCGAUGUUGAAAGGCUGUUGUGCUAUUUCGCACGCAGCUGUUGUGUAAAAACUUUGACACGCGUUUUCUGUUUUUUAACUCGCUCACCCUUAAUUGUCUCAAGCGUGUCCUCUAAAACAAAAGAAAUCGCUAAUAGUGCAAGAUGGCUCGCGUGCUAAAGCGUGUUAAAAUGAAUUGUUUUGUUUUAAAAUGGAAGCGUUUCGUAAGCGUGCUUUCACCUUCAGCAUCAAAAUUCUGUGGAGGGUCACAUAUUGUUGCUAGUAAAACUAGAUCGCGUAAUGAAGCGAUAGUUUCAUCCUCAAAUUAAAGCUUGAACUCGCUGUUCGGAUGAUCAUGGUCUCGCCUCGUGAUGUUUACGUCUAUCAUAAGAUCCUGUCUGAAGUCGUUUAUUCAGCUUCAUCCUUCAAUGAGUCAUCACUUUGACAGAGAACUGUGAGAAACAAGAACUCAAAAGAACUGCUCAGCAAUUCCCUGACCGCUGGUGAGACCGAAUCCGAGAUGAAACUGUUUUCGGCUAUUCUAGCCAUAUAUUUGGCACUUUUAUGCGCAACAGACCUAGGUAUAGUGUAAUUUUUCCACACCACCAUACAGAUAUUUUUAUUCGUUGACCUAGCAAACCAGCAAAAGAACUAACUCAGGGGAAAAGCAAAUUGCUCAGAACACCUAUACUUAGGAAAUUGGUCACAUGGAAUAAUACUACAUUUAUUGAUCACAAUAUCGUGAGCCUCUGUAUGAUACCUGGGAACGUCGUUUUCGUCGAGUUCAGUUUUCCACCAAAUCGUCGAUUUUACAAAGAAAUCAUUUCCGUAUCAAGCGAAAUUGUUUUGCGUGGUAUUAAACGCUACUGGCGAGCGGAACAACGUAGAGACGGCGACAACGACAAAGACGAGAAAAUAGAAAAGAAACAGAUUUAAUAAGCAAAAUAAAAACACUCAAUGCCUUCAUCGCAGGAAAAAUGUUGUAAAACACUAAAAAGUUGCCGGAUCGAAAUGGUAAUGUCAAUCUGACUCUAAAAUCGUCAUUUCAUCAUUAGCGAUCGUUGCGGCUUCGAUUUCGUCAGAAAUACUUCUCCAAAAAUCUUGGUUAUGAUCACUGCAUCGGCUACAAAAAAGAUACUAUUAGCAUUUUUCGGUGAAAAGGUUGCAAUUUCCAGUCACUAGUAGUGACUCUUUCACAAAUUGAAGAUCUUACUAAGAUAUUGUUGAUUUAUGUGAGUGCAAUUUUUCUUGCAGUUCAGACAAGCAGUGUAAUUAAACGAAGUGUUGGUAAUGACACAACACUUGCAAAACUGCGAGAUAUCGAGCGAAUACUUGGUGAGUAAAGUUGAUCCAGCAAAAAAUAAACCCUUUUUUUCCCCCGAAUUUAGAGAUAGUUUUCACGAACUGAUAGUAAGACUUUGGUCAAUUUUUCNGUAGCAACAUGUGGACUGGUCACGUAGGGGUUUCUUAUAGGGCAUCUGGCGACUGGAAUGAUCUCACCUGUUGGAAUACUGGUUUUCCCUGUGGUCUUGUCUGCAAGAGGCUGCCCUAGAUGUUAAGCCAGCUUCACUCCCGAUCAAAGCCGAAAGUAGAGUGUAGUGGAAAAAUUAAUGCAGAUUCUGGGUCGACAUUUUAAAAUGCAGACAAGAAAACAUUUUAGUGCUAAUUUCUAAAGGGUUAAAAAAAGCGGCUUGUGACUGAAAUAAACAUUAUGUAUCUCUUGUGUCUUGUUUGGUUUUUCUUUUAUGUGGAGAAUUUUUUUUUCUGGCCCAUUUAGGUCUUUCAGUAGCAGAUCCAGACCUUCAGAUAACGGGACAGGGGCGCGAAGGGGGAAGACCGGUCAUCUAGACCCUGACAUAAGAGAGGGGACUGGUCUCCAAAAAAUUUUUGUUUUCGGUCCUUAGGGCCUCAGUUUGGUCUAAAAAUAAGGGGCUGGGUCCCGGGCCUCCCGUGCCCCUUCCCUGGAUCCGCAAUUUUACAACUCAAGAGACGUUCGCAGAAGUGCUGCUCACUGAUUUUAUAUCGUUUCAAAAAUACUCUUUACAACCAUUUGACAGGCAUUGUGGGAAAGCGUAAAAAUAGCAAAGGAUGGAGCAAAGUAGGAAUAUCCGUACUUGUGCUGAUAAGAUUGUUCAGACUGUUCAAGGGAAGACAACCUUAUCGCCUGAAGAUCCAUUUGAAAACAUUGAGGAGAUCCUUAUCUAAAAGCUAAUUGGCAGCGCAAUCGAGUUGCGGUUGCUUAUAUUAGUAUACUUUUAAUAGAUGUUAUGUUGCUAACAUUAUCGAACACAGUUCAGCCAUUUUUUGUUGGGUUUCCAUCGGCCGUUACGGUUAAGUAAAAUUCAGAAACGGAAGUUUAAAAAACGAGCACAAGUGUACUUGAUCUGCGAAAUUUAAUUACCUUGAAAAACGGUGAUUCGUCAAAAUCGCGAAAUUGGAGUCCCGCGAAAUAUUCCUAUUCCAAAUUCGCGAAAUUAAAGUCGCGCGAAAAUAAGUGAUAAUCAGGUAAACAAAGACCUGUUAGGCACUUCUGUUUGACUUCCGCUGCAGUAAGGUUUAAUUAUCUCGUCGAAAAUGAUAAAAUAGUCUUGGAGAAACAGACAGUUAUCAUCCUUUUUCACUUUUUCUGCGUGAUUUGGUUUGAAAGUCAUUGUUGAUAUUUAUUAAAAAGUUGUGAUGCGUGUAAAAGUAUAAAGAGGUUUCAAAUUACGUAUGCAAAUUUAAUUAUAUUUUUAAAACAAAAUUCAAAGUCAGCGUUUUAUGUUUUGCUUAGAACGGUACAUUUUUUAGAUUUAUGAAAUUAGCUGUUCACCUUUAGCUAGGUUAUAUAAAUGUUAUGUAAAACAUUUAUUUACCAUUUUGACAACUAUUAACACCAUAUUUCUCAUUCGCCGUUGCGACUGAUCCUGACGCGACCCGACGCAAGUUAUGUACCAGAAACAAACGCAUUUUAUGAUUAAGAGAGUAGCCUUUAUAUUAAAAAAUAUGCAGACUCAAUUGUCCAAAAGUUCAGAUAAGCAACCAAUUGUUGUUUUUUUUUUUCGGGAAAAAUUGAAACUUUUACUCGUCAAAGUGUAAGAUAAGGGGUGCACGCGCAUGAAAGCACUGACGGGCGGUGUGAAUUUCUGCAGAUGCGAAAAAGUAAAUUGCUUUCUCAAAAUCCUUUUGACUGCUGAUGAAUAUUCAAAAAUUUUGUAUUUUUCUUCCGUAACUGAAAAGGAAAAAUCAAGUUUCGGUGACUUUUGUGCAGUGCUUCUAGCUUUAAUUUAGAUAACACGCCCUGCGUGCUUUUGUGUACGCUGAAUACAUGGUGUGCUAUUUCGCACGCAGCUGUUGUGUAAAAACUUUAACACGCGUUUUCUCCUUUUUAACUUGCUCACGCUUAAUUGUCUCAAGCGUGUCCUCUAAAACAAAAGAAAUUGCUAAUGAGACAAGAUGGCGAGCGACCUAAAGCGUGUUAAAAUGAAUCGUUUUGUUAAUGGAAGCGUUUCGUAAGCGUGCUUUCACCUUUAGCAUCAAAAUCCUGUGGAGGUCACAUAUUACGGCCAUUUAUACGAGGAAAAAUAAGACGCGUCUUAAAUAAGACGCGAACUGUACCAUUUAUACGAGCAUGUCUUAUCUAAUAAGACGCGUCUUAGCUAAGCCGCGUCUUAUUUUAGACGAAAUGUGCCGUUUAUACGGAAAGUUCGCGUCUCAUGUAAGACGCGUCUUAUUUUUCCUCGUAUAAAUGGCCCUAUUGUUGCUAGUAAAACUAGACCGCGUAAUACUGCAUCCUCAAAUUAAAGCUUCAACUCGCUGUUCGGAUGAUCAUGGUCUCGCCUCGUGAUCUUUCCGUCUAUCAUAAUGAUCCUAUCUGAACUCGUUUAUUCAGCUUCAUCCUUCAAUGAAUCAUCACUUUGACAGAGCCUGUGAGAAACAAGAACUCAAAAGAACAGCUCAGCAAUUCCCUGACCGCUGGUGAGACCGAAUCAGCCGCCGAAUCCGAGCUCAAAAGACCUAGGUAUAGUGUAAUUUUUCCAUACCACCAUACAGAGUUAUGUUCGCCCGGACCUAGCAAAUCAGCAAAAGCACUAACUCAGGGGAAAGCAAAAAGCUAAUUAGGAAAUUGGUCGGAAUAAUACUUUGUACAUCUAUUUAUCACAAUAGCGUGAGCCUCUGUAUGAUACCUGGGAACGUCGUUUUCGUCGCGUUCAGUUUUCCACCAAAUCGUCGAUUUUACAAAGAAAUCAUUUCCGUAUCAAGCGAAAUUGUUUUACGUGGUAUUAAACGCUACUGGCGAGUGCAACCACGUGGCGACGGCGACAAUGACAGAGACGAGAAAAUAGAAAAGAAACAGAUUUAAUAUGCAAAAUAAAAACACUCAAUGCCUUCAUCACACAAAAAAUAGGGACAUUAGGGACCUUAAGCAAGGACGACGACUCGUUGGCUCGAAGAUAUUAGCACUUGAGUGCUACACUGUAAAUUCGAGGGUAAAUAAAGUUUAUUGAUUGAUUGAUUGAUUUGACGACGACGACAGUGAAAACGUCAGUAAAAAAAUGAAUUUGCUUCCUCUCAAACUCAAUCCCGUCUAUUUGGACCCAUUCAAUAUGUCAAAUGUAGGCGUCUUUUCCUGGAGUUAAAUUCUUAAGGAUUUUAUUCAGGUUAAAAAAGAGAUAGGAAAAUUCGUCGUCGUAUGUCCACGUCCUCUAUAAAACGUCAAAUAAGAAGGUUUCACGUAAUAGUCAUGCAGUGGACGUAGAAAUGUACUAAAAAACGUGAUGCAGGUACAGAGCUGUUGUUUUGAUCAUUAAACCUAUUGUUUUUUGUGAAGUCGUCGUUGUGGUCAACGUCAAUCAGCUGUAAAACGAGGCCGCAUCGGAAUGGCAAUGCGACUGUUGUUUUAGUCUCUCGUCUUUCAUCACUAUACGUUGCGGCUUCGAUUUCGUCAGAAAUACUUCUCCAAAAUCUUGGUUAUGACAUGUAACGGUACCUUCAACAACAAUUCAAUUUAAAAACUGUCUCGGCUAAAAAUGUGAUUCUAUUAGAAUAAGAUACAUUUUUUGGUUAAGGUUGCAAUUUCCAGUCACUAGUAGUGACUCUUUCACAAAUUGAAGAUUCUACUAAGAUAUUGUUGAUUUAUGUGAGUGCAAUUUUUCUUGCAGUUCAGACAAGCAGUGUAAUUAAACGAAGUGUUGGUAAUGACACAACACUUGCAAAACUGCGAGAUAUCGAGCGAAUACUUGGUGAGUAAAGUUGAUCCUGCAAAAAGUAAACCCUCUUUUUUUCCCCCGAAUUUUGAGAUAGCUUUCACGAACUGAUAGUAAGACUUUGGUCAAUUUUUCUUCCAGUCUCUUCUUUCAAACAACAGUACGUAUAUUGGUACUUAUUUUGACGCUGUUCAGUUUUAUAAUUUUAAAAUUUUAAAUUUAAACACGCAAAAUUCAAUGACCAAAUAGUCCAUAGAAUAUUCAAAUCAUAGAAAAGAUGAUAACUCCACUUCGCAUGUAAUUAUAACAGCAUAUGCACAAUUAAGAUUUGAAAAAUACACUUUCUAAUAAUCAACUGGUUUUUAGUAAGUUCCGUUUUGUUCAGGUAUUUUCUAUGAAAGAGGGUGUUAAUUUAUUGAUAUUCGCACAUGAAGAAGAAAGUCUAGCUAGUAUCCGGCCGGACGCCCAUACAGUUUAUCUACAAAUUUAGAAUGUCAGAAAUGUUGGAAAAAAAAUUAAGCUGGGAACACUUGAAUCGCGAAAUUUAAUGCCUUUUUUCAUAUGCCAUUAAUUAUUGAAAUCGUGAAAACUGAAGAGAUAAGAGCCCGCGAAAAUCUGCCACGAAUGUAACCACGAAAUUCAUUACCGAUUAGGUUUUAAAAACUCUUUGUCCUACUUUUCUUUCAGGCGUUCCUUGUCCACUGGGCUGGGUGCGAUUUAAGGGAUACUGCUAUCUUGUCAGUAGCUCUAUCCAGACUUGGCAAUAUGCUCAAGCGUACUGUAAAGAACUGGGAGGAAAUCUGGUGAAAAUUAACAGCAAGGAGGAAAACGAGUUUGUACUAAACCUGGUAAACAAGCUCGCCCCAUCGUUGAAGCAGAUUUGGAUCGGACUCGAGUGGGAUUCUCACCUAAAGGCCUUCGUGUGGUACGAUCAUUCAGUUCCUACCUUCACCAAAUGGUCGCCAAAUGAACCAAAUGGAAAUGGUGCGGAGCCUUGUAGCAACAUGUGGACUGGUCACGCAGGGGUUUCUUAUAGGGCAUCUGGCGACUGGAAUGAUCUCACCUGUUGGAAUACUGGUUUUCCCUGUGGUCUUGUCUGCAAGAGGCUGCCCUAG